UCGGAACGCAGUCCUAGUAGGACGUGGAACAUUACAACCGCCUAAACCAAUCGUGAAUAAAUGAACAAGUGAAGCACUACGCUUUCGAAUACUUCUGUAUUAUAACAAAACAUGUUUUCUUAUUACAUUUAGCAUACAGCAUAUUGUUAUAUAUGCUUGAAUUUCUCAAUCAAAAAAUGCAUAUAAGUAUUCUUGUUAAUACAUAGAAGCACGAAUCUGUGAUCUGAACUUGGAAUUGUGAUUAAAUCAUAUGUGUACACUGAUGUGCAUGUAAACAAAGACGUGCAACAAUGGAAGUUACUAUUCACAAUUUCUGGGACGCGUUGUCCGAAUUGGACGAUAACUUACAACAUGCUGCUUUUGUCUCUAUCGAUGCUGAAUUCACAGGCCUUAAUUCGGGUCUGGAUACUACUCCCUUUGAUACACCAGCUCAGUAUUAUGCCAAGCUCAAAGCAGGAUCCAUGAAUUUUCUCCUUGUACAGUUUGGCUUAUCUUUAUUUACAUAUAAUUCAGAGACAAAAAGAUAUUCUCAGCGUUCUUACACCUUUUAUGUAUUUCCUAAGCAAGUGAAUCGCCAGGUACCAGAUUGCAGGUUUAUGUGCCAAGCAUCUUCAAUGGUUUUUCUGGCAAAUCAAGAUUUUGAUUUCAAUAAACUCUUUAAAUAUGGCAUACCAUACCUUAAUAUAAAUGAAGAAGAAAAUCUUCUCAAACGUAUGAAAGAGAAGCAAAAACAAAAAGAAGAAUAUCUUGAUGCUACAAUUUCAAUAUCAGAUGCUGACAGACCUCAAAUUGAGGAAAUAUGUUCUAAAAUAGAGAAUUUCCUUACUUCGGACAAAGAGGAGAUCACGAUAGAAAGGUGUAAUAAUUUUAUAAAAAAACUGGUAUAUCAAGAAGCAAAGAAGAGAUGGCCUGACAAAGUGAGAGUAGAAAGUAAAUUUGAAAAUACUUGGAAUUGCCUUUUGGUGCAAAAAGUGGGUACUAAAGAACAAGAGCAAGAGAGAGAAGACCAAAGACGUGUGAAGGAGAAAUUGGAAUUUGACCAGGCUGUAGGAGUCAGCAAGCUUUUGAAGAAAAUUAUAGACUCUGGAAAGACAAUAGUCGGUCAUAACAUGCUGCUAGAUCUAUGUCAUAUCAUACAUCAAUUUGUUACACCUUUACCAACGGACUAUUCGGAAUUUAAGAAUCUGGUUCAUAACCUAUUUCCUAGGUUAUUGGAUACAAAAGUGAUCUGCCAAUCACAGCCCUUUAAAGAGCAUGUGUCGUCAUCGCAUCUGGACACGUUGUUAGAUAUUAUGAAAGAGCCACCUUUUUCUAUUCCUGAUGUAGAAUCUGUAGAAGGACGCAGUUACUCAAUCUCAGUGAAGAAAUUGCAUGAUGCAGGGUACGACGCAUAUAUUACAGGAUUAUGCUUCAUUGCGUUGUCCAAUUAUCUCGGAACAAUAAAAGAGUCGGAGCAAGCAGUAGUAUUGCCAGAUUCUUCUUUAUUAAAUCCCUUUUUAAACAAGCUUCCUAUAGCGAGGCUAAAGGAUAUUCCAUAUGUGAAUUUAGCAGGAAAAGAUCCAAAUCCCAGUAGAGAUCAUAUAUUUCACAUAACAUUCCCUAAGGAUUGGAAGAAUAUGGACAUAAAUCAACUUUUUAAUCCAUAUGGAGGUGGGCAUAUUGUGUGGUUAACGAAUACAUCCGCUUAUAUUGCUCUAUUCAAACGAGAAAACGUCGGCGCGGUAAUAAGUUCUCUGUCCAAAGAGUCUGUUUGUACAAUACAAACAUAUCUGGAUUACCAAGCUAGUUUAAAUGCCAAUGGCGCUUGUUCUGAGGAUCGUAAACGGAAGUUACCAUUUGGGAGUGUAUCGGACAGUGCAGUGGCCAGCCAGUCCGGCAAUGGCGCAAUGUCAACCCUGUCAAAAAUAUCAUCAUUACCAAGCUUAUCAUCAAUGACAACACACUCCUUCCUCUCGACAUCCACAGAGGCCUCCGAUGAGGGAUGGGAAGUCGCCACAGGAAAGCGACGCAAGAAACGUAGGGAACAAAACACAACCAAUGUCGAAGUGACUAACAAGAGAGCUUUCGCGGAAAACGACGCAUGGAAUUAGAGUAAUUUUUUCUUCUGUAAAACUUGCUGCGCGACUGCAGUCGCACAAGCAUAAGUUCCGUACAUAUAGAAGUAUAAAUAAUUUACGAACGUGUGAUAAGGUAUGAGUAUACGUAUUGGUAAGAUCGAGAUUUGCGACAAAUCAAACGAGGUAUAUACAUAUGUGUAUCUCAUUUUACCAAAUCUCCACUAUUAUUAAAUGUACGACUAUGUGUAUGUGAGCAUUUUUGAAUUUUAUUUUAAUGUGAAAUAUAAAAUUGUUUAUGAUAAAAA